GCCGAAUGUGGCCUGUCCCUUUUACUGACCGAAGCCCGACCCAAGACUCAACCUAUAACACAAUUCAUCAUCAAAGAUCAAGGAAAUUUGUUUCCAUCAUACUACCAACCUUAUUAAAGAGUUGGAUGCGACUUCAAAUAUAAAUUUGAACACUGCAAUCAACGAGAUACUGCAACUCCAGUGUUCCACUCUCCCUAUCAAGUUUGAAUCAAUCUUUCUAUCAAGAGAACCAGAAGCCACAGUACUUGACACCCAUCUUCAAAUUCAACUUUUCUUCCAAAAAUAAACCUGAAGCUACUAGCAUCUGAAACAAAGAACUAUUUCUUGAGAACUUUUCUGGUUUCCUCACAGUCGAGAUAGCCAGGACUCAUUGAACAUGUAUGUAUCAAUUUCUUUAAUCAUCAGACAAGAAGGAAGUCUUCAGGAGCUUCAAGUUGUCUCUAGACUUACAUAGGAUGCGCUUCCCUGAAUACAAGGUUAUACUUUGGCUUUAUAAAUUCUGACAUAAUUAGACAUUGAAAAUGGCACCAUCGAAGAAAAACGAGAGAGCGAUUGCGCAAAACAGUCAAAGUUCAGAUAGUACUAUCGAGAAUAGUGCGAAGAGAGGUUCCGCAAUUGAAACGCAUAGGGAUGGAUCCAAACAGCGCGAUGAUGUCAAAGAUGAAACGAAAGCACCCCGAAAAUAUGAGAACACAAGCUCCGUAAACUGUGAUAACCUCGCUGCACCUGAGAAGAGUUCUAGAAAGCAGGAGGAUGCUAUCGGCGAGCAAGAUAGUCACUUCGAGAACUAUGAGAAUUGUAAAGAGACAGAUAAAAAUAUCGAAUCAGAUUACGAACAGACAGACGAAGAAAUAGAAGGAGUACCAACAACGGCAAAGAGAAGCACAGGAAUCAGUCAUCAAAUGCCACGCGUGAUCACUAAAGAUGAGGACAAAGCCCCAUACAAGGAACCAACAAGUAGCAAUGCAAAUCGCACGCGAAAGGAGCCGAAAUUGACGAAGUUUGUGACUUUCAUUUUCAAGAACCAUUCAGUAAUUGUUGGAUCAGAACACUGGAGUUCACGGCUUGAGCAAUGGAGAGACGAUUUCCAAGAUCAAGAUUUAGCUGGUGUUGUAUGGGACGAACGUGCUGAACCUUGGAAAUAUCAAACACGCUCGAAGGAAAGCAAGCAAAUGGCUGCAGAUAUCUGCGACUUCGAGACGCCAUCAGAAAAAGCUGGCUUACUUCUCCACUGUCCUGUUGAACAUAAGGAAGACGAGUGGCGGCACAAUUCGCCACUUCUUCACUGCCCAAAUGACAAUCAGGAGGACGGAAGCCCAGAAAAAGAAAUCGUCAAAAUCUACAUCGGCCCGCAGAAAUUAUUGAUUCGAGUUUACAAGAAGAUUGUCUGCGAGAAGAUCCCAUACUUUAAAAAACACUUUAAUGGGCCAUCUCAAGAAGCAGCGUCGAAUUUCAUUACAUUCCCCGAUGGCGACUUUGAAGCUUUCCACGAUUUGAUGUGGUGGGCGUCUAAUGGACACUUGCCUCCAUGGUCGAUGUGUCCUGAUGGCAAAAAAGUGCAUGAACGCAUGCAUUAUUGUUGCCCAGUCGUUCGGAUCGAGACGGGGUUCAAUUGGGGCGGACUCUAUUUGUUGGCAAAUAGAUUGUGUAUGGGAAAUUUGAUGGAUCUUAUAACAGAUUACGUCGUGAGAGCUCUGGAUUUGAAUCAAGCCAUAUUGUUGAAUAGCGACAUCGCGGGUAUCUAUGAGCACACACCAAAGAAUUGUGGUUUAAGAAGGCUAGCCUGUUAUAGCUUCAAUUAUGACAUGGAUCGCGUUGACCCAAAGAGUUUGCCAAUGUACUAUAACAUGGCAGAACUCAUCGAUGGCUUGUGGGAUGACUCCGCUGCUCUCAGAGAUGGAUUAGAUGGAGAAGUAGUAACCAAUACGGGCAUAUGGGAAUUCCCACCAUGUGAAUUUCAUGACCAUCUCGAUGGAGAAAUCUGUGACCAAAAGAAGUUGGUAGACCGGGAGUCAGGUAUAAGACGUCCUGAAAAGAGUCGUUCAGUGCCGAGUGGAAUUGAACAUUUUGCGGGUUGAUAGGUUCGGAGGUGGUUGUGGGGGCUGGAGGAAAAGGCGAUAUGCACAAGCGAGCGACCUGCUCUAUUGUGUUGUAGACAAAGUCGAGGAGGAUCUAUCCGGAUAUUGGUAAGAAUUAUGUGUGUUACAUCUCGCUCGGAGUCAAGUAGAAUUGUGCUGUGCUGGUCGGAAUAACGAAAGAUCAAUCAUGAAUGGAUACUUGUCGAUAUGUCACUUAGUCAGACAGCCAAAGCUAGAUAGGUAGCAAAAUGAUGGUACUGCCAUGAAAUUUAGUUGGUCUGACCGGAAAAAAUAUCUGGUCGAGUGCCAGUGAAAGUA